AUGGCCCACGCCAACCCUGCCGUCAUGCAGCAGCAGCUCCUGCUUCAACAACAGCAACAGCACCAGAAACGACGGCAGUUCCUUCAUGGCCUCGCGUCCGUCCACAUGCGCUCAAACCCUUUGCCGCCCGAGCUCGUCGGCACGCCAUGGCCCGCCGGAUACGACCCGGCCCAGUCGCCGUGGAAAGGGCUCGAUAUAUCGCGCACGGAGCUGGGCCACAUUCGCAUAGCGGGCAAAGAUGUGGAUCUGUAUAGGUUCUGGGCGCUAGUGUCGCAAGUAGGUGGUAUCGCAAAGAUGGACCAACAAUGGCCGUCCCUUCUACGUCAUUUCGAUCUUCCGGACCAGCAUCCCGAUCCCCAGCCGAGCGGGCAGCAGUCGGUCGCGGUGACCUUGAACAGGCUGUUCAUGCAUAUCCUCGCGCCAUUCGAUGAGGCGUACAAGAGAAACGUCCGUGAGCAGCAGGCGCGAGCGGGAAUGCGAAUGCAGCCCGGCGUCCAACAAGGCAUGCAGGGCGGUGCUCAGGGUGCAGGCGGUGUUCCCGAUGUUAUGUCGGGCCCGUCUCAACUUAAUCAGGCGCAGAGCAUAGCCGGAGACUCCUUCAAUAUGAAUAUGCCAGGCAUGAAUCAAUCCAUGCCCAAUAAUCCGUCGCAGGCGUUCGAUUCGGCGGCAGCGGGUCUUGGUGGACAGACGAGUCAGCCGCACACACCCCAGAUGCCUCAACAUUCGCCCACAAACAGCAUAGGUGGGGCCCUGGGAAUGGUGGCAUCAUCAUUGCUGUCUCAGCAAAUGCACGGCACACCGAGCGCCGGCAGCACGUCGGCGCAAGAGCCCAAUGGCGCCGAUGCAGACGCGGAAGGCAGAAAGAGGAAAAUGCGGCAGUCAGAAGAAUUCGAUCCGAAACGAGUUAGACAAAGGACAGGCGGCUCUGACUCGUCCGACAUGCGAGCUUCCCUACCCCCGUCCGGCAUGAACGGACAGUCUGCCCCAGCCGCCGCCCCGCGCACAAUACGCCAACCAUCGAGACGAAAGAUCGAGUAUGUUCCUUUCUCGCGGGAAGUCGAUACCGACGGAGGGCGCGAUCUCGCUGCUAUUCAAAAGGAGUAUGCGCGCGCCGCGCACAGGCCGAUGAAAGACAUGAACGAGUGGGGCCAGGUCGAUGUGGACGCAGUUACCAUGUCCCUGCGUUCCCGAAUAUCCACCGAGCUGUCUUACGGCCUGACGACGUUCACCUUGCUAACGCUUAUGCAGUAUCCUAAGAGGGAGCCGGGCUUCCCAAUAGCACAAGCCCCAGAUCUGCUUGAGGAGGUGCUUGACAUUCUCGAGGAUGUUGGGCUGGAAGGUGAUGAGGACGAUACGGUGCUGGGAGCGCCUGUCACACCUGUCAAAACCUAUCGAGAGCUUGUAAAUGCUGUUCUAGAGGAUGGGUCCAGACCGUUCGCAGGGCUGGAGAGAAAACACGGUUCGAAGGAUUACAACAUCGGUCCUCGGCCACGCCAUGGUGAAACGAUCCUCACCGUGACUAACAUCAUCCGCAACCUCUCCAAUUUCGCCGACAAUCAUGAGUAUCUUGCAAAACAUGAUAGAGUGCUCACUAUCAUGUUGCGGUUAUGUAUGUUGUCCGCCUCCGCGGCGGACGAUCUCCCAAGUCCGGCUUCACCAGCGCUAUCUCUGCAAGACCUUCUCAUCUUACGCAAGGAUACCCUAUACCUCCUAGUAAAUAUUGCAGGCGCCGUCGACUUGUCGAUUUCAGGCUCGACGUCAAAAACUCCACUGUUGAAUGCGCGACGAGCUUUCGAGCUGCUGUCUUCCUUCCUCAGCGAUCCAGUAGAGUCCGUCUCGCCCCUCGGUUGCCUCCUAUUGUCCGGCGUCCCUGCUACAAUCAACCCACAAAGCACGCCGUCUCCGCCCUCUAUUGCCGACACUGCUCUGGAAGUUUACACGCGAUUGUUCCAGCCCGAUGACAAUCGCCACGCCUUGUCCAAAGCAGCACCGCAGGAGUGGCUGUGGACGUUCUUGGAAUCGCUAGUCCAUCGUCUUCCUGUCUCGAAUACAGAUUUCCAGGUCGUGAUGCGCGACGUGUGGCUAGGAUACGUGGAGAAGAUCCUCAUGGCAAUCUUCACCAUCGCGUUCCUGGCGCCGCCUCAGCUAAAGAAACGCAUCAAGAUGGAUCGCGAAUUGGCGUUCCCCAAGGUGCUCCUGCGCCUCGUGAAGAGGUUCACGGUACUCACCCCUCAGGAGGCGCGUAUGUACUUCACGAUUUGCGUCCGCCGAGCGGUAGAGGCCUUGAAGCUCAUCGACGACGCUGAAGACUCGUUCGAUACUUCCCAAUCGUCAUCACCCACACUCAUGUUUGGCAUGGGCUAUGGCGAGCAUGGGGAGAGUCGUAUCGAGACUGGCACGGGCCUUCUUAGCGGAUACCAGGACGAGAUUACGUGGAACCUCAUGUUGCAACGGGAGAUUUUCACUGACCCGAUAGUGUUUGCGGAAUUGGAGAGUCUAGUCAGGGUUGACAGGCUCGCUUCUGUACCUUAA